CGACUUUUUGAACUUCAAGCGAAUCCCGGGCAGCAAACCGAUGUCACAGGGAGCACUAAAUCCUAACUGUCUCGCCAAGAUCAGAGCUUCGGCAAAGUUCAAGAACUGAAAACUUAAACCUUUCCCAAACUCCCGCGGAAAAGUCGAGCAAUUAGCCCCUGAAGAAGGUCUAUAAUUUUUCAAUACUGAAGGCCCAACAAUUUCCCGUAGGAAACACUCUCACUCAUGAGGAAAUUCAAUUAUUUCUCACCUCAAAAGGUCCAUAAUUUCACCCAGUAAUUUCUCAUAUGAGAGGUGCCAGAAAUAAUUCCACUUCAGCCCAGGUUUCAUUCCUCGACCUCACAUGACCUGAAAGCACUACCCUCGCCAUUACCCUCCUUCCGUUUCCGAUAACUAAGGAGUUUACACCAAAUCUUUUCCCAUCGCGGAGAACUGGAGAAAUUCUUGAGAUGAGUCCCUGGAAUUGGAGCGACGGUCAAAGAAACGCUCAGAAGAGCCCCAAGAAAUAGCGUUCGCUACUGCCACUCGGAUUAAAAUCGCUGCCGUCCAAUUCUCAUCAUCUACACGAGUCACCCCUCGACACGCAGGAAUGAUUUGGGUGCGAUGGCUGCUGCUGCUGGUCGUUGGUGCAGCCGCCUCGGCCUUUUGCCCUUCAGGUUGCACUUGCAACGAAGACAUGCCGGAGGUGCAGUGUGUCGGCGUCACCUUGAACAUGGUACCGAUGUUGCUGAAUCCCGCCCUUAAGAAUCUUAACCUCGCGCACAACCGCUUGAGAACCAUAAACCAGGAGCUUCUUUUUUACGAGAACCUUGAGAAGCUGGACUUGUCACAUAACUUAUUAUCUGGUCUCAGCCAUGAGAGCUUCGUGGCACAGAGAGAACUGCGUCAGCUGAGGCUCAGCCACAACAACAUAUCGUCCGUUGAGAAAACAUCCUUUAUCGGCUUAUCCAAGCUGUCUUUGCUAGAUCUCAGCUCGAACGCACUAAGGGACAUCCCUCCAGACACACUUUCUCACACUCCAUCACUGCAAGUAUUAUUACUUUCUCAUAACAGACUACACAGUCUAGCCGUGCCAACAUUUCGUGGGCUUGUCAACUUGGAGAGAUUAGAUAUCAGCGAAAACUAUUUCCGCCAGUUGCCAGGCACUGCCUUCACGGAGCUAUCAGAACUGAAAAGUUUAGAUGUAAGCAGAAAUCGACUCGUUGAAGUUUUAGAAGGAGACUUGCCAUUACCCCGCUUGACAUCUCUAUCAUUAGAUGGCAAUAGCAUAGAGAACAUAGAUGCCGCCGCGUUACAUUAUCUUGAGGCUCUCGAAGUGCUCAGCCUGAGCAACAAUUUAUUGAGUACGGUCCCGACCUCGGCUUUAUCAGCACUCGUCAGUGUUGAAAGUCUUUCACUGAGCCGCAAUAAUAUCACAGAAUUAAGCGCCGGAGCUUUCGUCGGCCUAAGAAGAUUAACAACGCUCGAAAUCUCACGAUGUCCAAUGCUGUCAUCGGUCUCAGCCGCAGCCCUCGUUCACUGUAGUAAACUUCGUACUCUGACUUUGUCUCAUAACCCGUUAUUGCGAUCACUCCCGGCGACGCUGUUCCAGCCUCUGGCCGAUCUCCAGGCCCUGGACUUGCGAGGUAACUCUCUGGAAACUGUUGAAGGAGGCAGUGCACCUUGGGAUGCUCUGCAGGCUCUCGACUUAAGGGAUAACUCCCUGGUGUGCAACUGCUCCUUGAGAUGGCUGGCAGAACUGCUGGCGCAACCCAACACCACAAUUCUGGACGUGCAGUGUGCCAUGCCCGACAACCUCCGCGGCGUCCAUCUCUCCAGGUCAGUAGCGUACACAAGCUGCCUUGCUUUUCGACACUGCGACGAAGACACGAUAUCCGUUGCAACAGAAGUCGAUCAUGACAGUCAGUCGCGUCAAUCGUGA